AGAAAGCAGGAAAACGGGUUCGGAGUUUUUCAAGGAGUUUCUGACGAUAACUUGAACUAUAUUUUUCUAUCACGAGGAGAUUUAAUUCGGGGUAGUUAUGGCGACAUUGUAGCAUUUCAACGUCUUCACAAUCAUUCCUUCACCUCUUCUUAAAUUUGACUGGCGCAGAGUGUACUGUGGCGGACAAAGUUGGCGCAUGGAGAGUGGUGAACUUUCAUAUAUCUUCGUCGUGUUCUCUUUGUUUUGUCACCCGUCUUUACUAUUGAAAGUUUUAUGACUUAAGACGCAGUUUAACUAAAGCGGAAAAUAGUCAGUCGUUGGUUGAAUCCGCUGGUAUAAGAGAAUUAAUUCGAGGACGCCGAUUCCGUCAUGGAUACCAAACCUCUCCUUCAAGACAGACCCCCAGCCUAUAACACCGUACCGGGGGCGCAUGCCUAUGGUCCGCAGCAAAAUUACGGAGCCAUCCCACAGCCAGACGUUCCAGGCUUCCAACAUCCGCCACCACCGUAUCCGUACCCUGAUGCACAAGCGGCAUAUCCAGCUGUCCCCUCAAACCAGGCCAUCCCUGUCUCGCAGCAGCCAAAUUUCAGCGGCACAUACACCAUCAUACAGCCCUCUGUGGUAGUUGUGGGGGGCUGCCCAGCAUGCAGGGUGGGUGUUCUGGAGGAUGACUUCACCUGCUUGGGGAUCAUGUGUGCCAUAUUCUUCUUCCCGCUGGGCAUCCUGUUCUGCCUGGCACUGCGCCAGAGGAGGUGUCCCAACUGCGGUGCCACCUUUGGCUAGACGGACCAAACCGCGUUUCACUCACGGCCCAAAAACAUGGCUCUUUACACCCACCUUCAAAUGCCAUGCAUUCAUUAUGCACCAUGAUAAUCGAGAAAUUACUAUAGUGAACAGCCAUACUUUUCUUUUUCUUCUUUU